AUGCACGAGGCUUCCAGUUUUUACAUGCCCUCAUCAGUACUGGGCACAGACAGCCCGAAGCCCUCCUCACACUGCGGGGAUGAAGGUUUGGACUGGAGCUUCGUGAGCUCGCACAGUGGGGUCACACACAUCUCUGCUGACCACCUGUGCCGAGAGAGCCAACCCCAACAGGAAGAGGCCGCGCCUCAUCUUCCAGAGAGCCAUCAGGUGAUGACCCGUGGGAAGCAAGUGGCGUUCAGGAGCGUGAUGGCCCUGGACACUGCAAGACUGCCACUGCUCUCUGCUGAAGCUGAGGCCUGGGCCACUGUACGUCGUCUGCUCUCUGCUGAAGCUGAGGCCUGGGCCACUGUACGUCGUCUGCUCUCUGCUGAAGCUGAGGCCUGGGCCACUGUGUGUGCUGCGCCAGUCACUCUCCUAGUGAACACGUGCGGCAGAAGAGAUGGCGUGUUAGUUCUGAGACAGAAGCUGAGGCUUCGGUCUGCCUGGCGCUCUGCUCUCUUUCUCUCGUGGCCUCGUCUCGCCCAUCUUGGCGAGGCCAGCUGCCAUGCUGGAAAAGCCUAUGCCGAAAAGAAAUGA